AGUUUUCAUUAAGUUGUAAAAUAUGUUUUAAAACUACAGGAAGCUGUUAUAUUGUAUUAUUUUGAAAGAGCCGGGUUGUUGUGGGUAGGAGCGCAUUGUUUUAUGUGUGUGUUGUAUUUCUGAAGCGGCGUGGCUGUGCCAGCGCUUUUGUUAUUCACAGAUUGAAUAAAAACAAACAGAUUGGCGGUUUUCCAGACCAAGCUAACUCGUUAUGAAAACAUCUCAUUUGGAGUGGCUGCUAACGGCUCUCACCUGAAGAGAAAGGACACCUUCACUGAGGAGACGGUCAUAGCGAGUGACUAGCGCACUAGAGCCGUGCUGCACAUCCCACUGACAAGACCUGAAGACUGCCUUAUCUUGGUGAAAGCCAAUGAACAAAGAUGGAGUCUGUUUACAUUAAACAGGAGGAGGUUCAGGAAUUGGUACCUGUCUGCAUUAAACAGGAGAUGCCUGAACUGGAUCCUGUCCACAUUAAAGAAGAGGAAACUGAACUGGAGCCUGUCCACGUUAAAGAGGAGGAGACUGAACUGGAGCCUGUCCACAUUAAAGGAGAGACUGAACUGGAGCCUGUUCACAUUAAAGAAGAGAUUGAACUGGAGCAUGUCAACAUUAAAGAGGAGGAGACUGAACUGGAGCCUGUCCACAUUGAAGAGGAAUCUGUUGACUUUUUGUUUAAGGAUACAGAAAACAUAUCCCGGCCAAAGUUAUCACAUCAAUGUAAUGAAUGUGGAAAGAGCUUCAGUCGGCCAGGAAGCCUAAAAACACACCAGCGAAUUCACACUAGGGAGAAGCUGUAUCAGUGUACUGAAUGUGGAAAGAGCUUCUGUGAGUUAGGAGUCCUAAAAAAACACCAGCGAAUUCACACUGGAGAGAAGCCGUAUCAGUGUACUCAAUGUGGGGAGAGUUUUAGUCAGUCAGGAAACCUAAAAACACACCAACGAAUUCACACUGGAGAGAAGCCGUAUCACUGUACUGAAUGUGGGAAGAGUUUUAGUCAGUCAGGAAGCCUAAAAACACACCAGCGACUUCACACUGGAGAGAAGCCGUAUCACUGUUUUGAAUGUAGGAAAAGCUUCACUGACAAAGGAAAACUAAAAAAACACCAACGAAUUCACACUGGAGAGAAGCCGCACCACUGUACUGAAUGUGGAAAGAGCUUCCUUAAGUUAGGAGUCCUAAAAAAUCACCAGCUAAUUCACACUGGAGAGAAGCUGUAUCACUGUACUGAAUGUGGAAAGAGCUUCCUCAAGUUAGGAAGCCUAAAAAGACACCAGCGAAUUCACACUGGAGAAAAGCCAUAUCAAUGUACUGAAUGUGGGGAGAGCUUCAGUGAGUCAGGAAACCUAAAAAGACACCAGCGAAUUCACACUGGAGAGAAGCCGUAUCACUGUACUGAAUGUGGGAGCAGUUUUGGUCAGUUAAAACAGCUAAAGAAACACCAGCGAAUUCACACUGGAGCCAGCCUCCCUCCCUCCCAGUCCAUCACCUCUCCGCCCUGCUUGUUUGAGCUAUCUGAUUCCUUGUGUCUCUCUCACCCUGCAGUAAAUGAAGGGGGUCCCCAGGAUUGAGAGCCAGCCUGAAUCCAGAGACACUGAGAAGGGGAGUGUGUCAAACUGAAGGAGACAGACCCAUUCUUUCAGAAUGAACUGGAGAGCCCUGGGAUUCAGCUUCACUCCUGCCCCUGAAUUGGAAAUUAAUCUCACUCAUCAUGCUGUGAGGAUUUAGGACAAAGUUACAGGGUCAUUCUACUGAGAAGGGACACAUUUUUUUUUUUUAAUUCUUUGUUUUAUUUGAAGUGGUGCAAACCUUGCACUGGAGCAAAUGCUGUUUUGGUUUUGAAUUGAUUUGAAUGAAUGAGGAGGCUGUGGUCCAGUAAGAGGCUCUUUUGUUGAGGCUCUUCUGUUGGCUGGCACUUCUUGCUGGCGCUAAAAUAAGCUGCUUGAAUAAAUGUUGUUACACCUGCUUGGCAAAAGAACCAACUAAACUGUGUGGAAACCAAUCGAAUAGCAAAAUCAACUGCUAAUCAAUUUAGCCACUCACCUGGUACUAAUCACACACAAACUCAGCCAAUUCAAACACCACCUUACAAUGUCACCAAAUGUAGUAGUUACAAUUACAAAAAGCAGGAACUUAUCUAUCUGCCUCUCUCCCUGGUUACCGGUAGACUGUAAUAGAAAAUAAAUAUUUCUAUAAUUGCUAAUACUUUAAUAUGUGAAAUUUGAAAAUUAUACGAAUGUAACAAGUGUUUCAAAGUAAAAUUAUAGCUUGUAAUAUAGUUGUACUUUGAAAAAGGGGGGUUGUAGAGAAAAUUUGUGGUUAAAUUAAUUUAAAUAUAAGCAUUUCUAAAAAUAUUUAGCUCAGUGUGACAUGCUAUAUUUAUUGGGUUUUCUACCCCCAAUUCCAGAACAUCCUUAACUAGAUCUACUUCAAAAGUUAUUGAUUAGAUAAAGGGACAGGACAAGAGUGUCUGUCCCUUUGAAGUUGUCACUUUCCAAAAUGCUAAUCUGAUUGUCUGGUAUUCUGUGAGGGUCGUAAACUGAUUUAAGUGACAUACAUUUGUACUAUUGUUUUCAUUAGAGGUUAGUUAAAAUGGUUUAAUAAGCAUUUUCAAUUCCAUAACUUGCAGAUGCAAGUUUAAUAGUUACUUCAAUUAAGUUUUCCAAUAAACCCGUAGUGUUUAUUGUUUUUUUAAAUGAAUAUUUUAAUCUAAUAACUAUUUUAAACAUUUUCCUUUAAUUGUGUUAUAAUGUGUUUUAUAUGCUUGUAACCAUAAUUUUGUAUAGAGAAUGAAACUGAAACUCAUAUGCUUCUCUGAUAAAUGUAACUAAAGUUAUACUAAAUAGUAGAUUUAAAUGUUAAAAGGUAAUUCCUUGAUAUGAGAAGGUGUGGCACAUUCCUUACCUAUAACACCUUUUUCUGUGAUAAGCAACUGUCUAUCAAAUGCUGUAAACCAAUGGAAGGGCUGACAAGGACUUGUUUACAGUAUAAGGAAACGCCUUCGCAUCAUGUUAUUUAAACUGAGAACAAGGAUUUUCACACUCUCUAAAGGCUCUCUAAAGUCUCUCUCAAGACGCUCUCAAGGCUCUAGCUCAAGAAUCUCUAAACUCUCCAAGAACCACUUUUCUUCAUCUUCGUCAAUGAGGGCUUGACGAAGACAGGACGGUGUAAUCUUCAAAAGCUGUCGUGGAGAAAAUGGGCUCUCUCCGGAACAACAAAAGCUUCUGCCCAAACAACACACUUCACAACUAACUUCCACAGAGAGGACGCCCAUGUUCAGAAGACUGUUUUUAAACAUGGCAUGAACAGAAUAAGUAUCAAACUUAUAUUGUGUGUAAACAAAUAACUGAAGAUAUCAGAAAUACUUAAACAUUGAUUCAGUCUAUUUACUAGUUUGAAAUAACUUAAGUAGAUUAAAGCUUAAAUACAAUGCUGUGCAUAGACUUUCUCAAAUAUGAAGCCAUGCUAUUGGUAGCGUCACAUUACGCAAUGUACGUCUAUUCAACUUGAAGCUGGAACUUUACACAUGCGUACUUAGCCACAUGGAAGUUGGAGUGAGUGUACGUAAUGGGUGACUGAAUGUAACCAUGCUUGAUGAACUACUAAAGACUGCUUCACUAAUGCAGAACCCUGUGGUCAGAGAAUCAAGGAUUCAACUAUGAACAUUUAACAAUUCAUUACUUUUCCUUGAAUGUUUUAUUUUGUUGUUUUUUUUCUAUACACAUAUGUUAAUAACUAUGAAGCCUAACCUUUAUUAUUCUUCCUUUGUGAAUCUAAAUAAAUGUGAUAAUCAUUUUGAUUAAGUUUCUUUUUGUCUUAUAACAAAUUAUUAUUAUUAUUGUUAUUAUUAUUUAUUUCUUAGCAGAUACCCAAGGUGACUUAGUCAUAAACAAAAAAUACAUUUCGAGAAUCACAGUAGAAGUAUUAAUACAAUUAAGGGCAAGCUAAAAUACAAUGACAUCAUUUCUAAUGAGUACAAGUAUCUUACAAAAUAAAAAUCAAUAUCAGUUAUGGUUGAUUUGAAAUACUUAAACAUACCUAUAAUGUUAAUUAAGGAUAUUGACUUGGCUACUUUACAUGUUAAUCUCUUGUGACCAUGAAUCUAGGUAUAAUUUAAGCCAGAACUGCUGAUUAUUGUUAAUGUAAUGUAUUCUUUAUAGUUAAUAAUUACAUUAUGAGCUACUAUAGAUAUUUUCUUUAAUAGUAUUUGGUGAGGGCAAUGUUGUGAUAUGACUUUAGACAUAAAAACGUAAAUAUGCACGACAGACCGUAGACGUGAGCUCCCAGGGGGCGGCGCACAAUUCGGCUAGUGCCGCCUGGGGGGGGGGGGGGCUUAGGUCAGCCAGGGUGUCCUCUGCUCACCAGCGACCCCUGUAGUCUGGCCGGGCGCCUGCAGGCUUGCCUGUAAGCUGCCCAGAGCUGCGUUGUCCUCCAACGCUGUAGCUCUGGGUGGCUGCACGGUGAGUCUGCAGUGUAUAAAGAAGCAGUCAGCUGACGGCACACACUUCAGAAGACAGCAUGUGUUCGUCUUCACCGCUCCCGAGUCAGCGCAGGGAUGGUAACGGUGAGCUGAGCCUAAAAAUAAAAAUUGUGAGAAAUUGUGAGACAAUAAUAAAAUAAUUGGUGAUGACUAAAUUAAAAAAAAAAAAAAAAAAGUAUUUUUCUUUUUCUUUCUAAAUACACUGCUGUGCAAAAGUCUUGGACACUGUAAAUGUGAUGGAUUCACUACUACAACACUUCAUAUUAGCUGUUCAUGUCUAGUUUACUUUGAGUUGUUGUGAUCACAGCUGAUUCUAAUCAAUGUGAAUUAAAGAUUGCUGAACAACAAGCUUUGUUUCUUUUCACCCAAACUAAGCUCUAUCAGUCAGAGUUGUUAUAAUCGUGGAAAACACUAGUGGAGGCUUUGAGUAAAUUGUUGAUGCUCAGAACAUCCAUAUAUAACUCCUGAAUGUGCCCAAGACUUUUGCACAACAGUGUAUUUGCCAGUAAUUUUCUGUGGUCUUAAUGUUUUAAAAUAAAGAUCAAUUGUGUGGUGAUUUAUAUGCAGUCUUUUUUCUAAUACAGCUAUGGCCAAAAGUGUUGCAUCCCCCUAUACACCCUAUAGAUAUUGAAUAACCGCUUUGUAGUUUUCCAUAUACUUGAAAAACUGACAACAAUUGAAAACAAUGUGACAUGCUACUGUACUGCUAUUAAGGCUUCUGGUAGACUUGUUUUUGUGAAAUAAUUUUGUAGUUUAUUUGAUUACACAAUGUUAAAUGAAAGAUCUGAAUUAUGUUCAUAUAGCAUUUUUAAUUAUAUAUAUAUAUAUAUAUAUAUAUUUUAUAAUAUUGAAAAUUCUAGGUGAUGCUAAACAUUUGUCCGAGCUGUACAUAUAAAUCAGCACUGCCAUUAAAAUAGAAUGUUAAAGCUUUAUAUAUUGUGUAUCAAUUGCAUCCUAUAAGACAGUGUGAAGUGUAGAUGAUGCUAUUAAAAGAGAACACCUUUACACAUUUCACUAUUCAGAAGCCACUAAUAAACUUUCCAUUGGUUUCACACUGAACUGUUGUGAAGUGUUUUUUCUUUAUUGCUUUGGUGCUCGGCUCCACCAUUAAUCUAUUAAUCCAAACAGCAUGCAGAUUUAUUUAGAUUGGACCAGGAGCAAUGGAUCCUCAAACAGGUUUGGACUGUGCAGGUAUGUCAUGCGUGCAGAAAUGGUAAAAACAACAAACAAAAUCCAUCAUUAUCGUAAAACAUUAUGGUCAAAGAAAAUGUUUAGACAAAAUACUACUACAGGAUUUGUGGAUUUGUGGCACACUCUACAACCCGGUUUCUCAGAGACGUCGGAUUCAGUGGCCAAGAGCUGCGUCGCACAGUGAAGAACUUAUCUGAAGCAGCAGAGAGGAGCAGCAACUGGCUGUGGUUGAGACGGAAAGAUUCUGGCUGGGGACAGGUAAGUAAGCUGGGCUGAGUUGAGUGGGGGACGGAGGGGGGUGAUGCUGGGACGCCAGAAUCACCGUCGAGCCCUCUUGAGGUGUCGUGGGCUAGUCGACGAAACACUGAGGAUGGAAGGUGCCCACUUGAAAACCCCAGAGAUGUACCCUACUUAGCUCAAUCCAGACGGUUGUCAUGCUGAUGCGCUGGGGAGGCCGCACUUUGGUUGAUCCCCGGAGCCAGCAUCGCAGCCGUUGUGUGUGCUGAUGCGCCAGGGAGGCAAAAUAAGCUGAUCCCUGGAGCCAGCAUUACACUUCAGCCAUUAACACCAGACAGAAGGAUAUCUACAUCAUCAUAUGGAAGGAAACGUAAAUGGAUGGAGACACAUAUGGAUCACAUUAGUUUACUGUAAAGCUACGUCUUAGUUGGUGCUUAUCUUGGCGAGAGCCGAGUUCAAAUCAGCAUGAAGUUUUAACAUCUACUCUCGUGUAAUGGAAAUCAAAUCAGGGUGCUUCAUGUGGACAGCCUUUGGAAACACAUUUAGAAGCACAGUGCUGGAGUUUGAUUACUAUAAUAUGUAUUUGUGUAUUUUUAGUGGAAUGAAGGUAAAAUGAUGCAAACAGAACAUGUAACAAUAAUAAUCCCUGUUUAUUAACUUUAGUUUAAAGACAUUUAAUAGAGAAGUGUAAGGUACUGCACGCAGGCAAUAAAAAUGUGCAUUAUAAAUAUCAUAUGGGAGAUAGUGAAAUUGAAGAAGGAAUCUAUGAAAAAGACCUAGGAGUUUAUGUUGACUCAGAAAUGUCUUCAUAUAGACAAUGUGGGGAAGCUAUAAAAAAGGCCAACAAGAUGCUCGGAUAUAUUAUGAAAAGUGUUGAAUUUAAAUCAAGGAAAGUAAUGUUAUACCUUUACAAUGCAUUUGUAAGACCUCAUCUAGAAUAUUGUUUUCAGUUCUGGUCACCUCGUUACCAAAAGGAUAUUGCUGCUCUAGAAAGAGUGCAAAGAAGAGCGACCAGAAUUAUCCCGGGUUUAAAAGGCAUGUCGUAUGCAGAAAGGCUAAAAGAAUUGAAUCUAUUCAUUCUUGAACAAAGAAGACUAAGCGGUGAUCUAAUUGAAGCAUUCAAACUCAUAAAAGGUAUUGACAAUGUCAAACCAGGAGACUUUUUUACCUAAAAAAAGAAACAAAGACCAGGGGUCACAAAUGGAGAUUAGAUAAAGGGGCAGGUAAAGGUAAGGAGGCUGUGUGGUCCAGUGGUUAAAGAAAAGGGCUUGUAACCAGGAGGUCCCACCUCAGCCACUGACUCAUUGUGUGACCCUGAGCAAGUCACUUAACCUCCUUAUGUUCCAUCUUUCGGGUGGGACGUAAUUGUAAGUGACUCUGCAGCUGAUGCAUAGUUCGCACACCCUAGUCUCUGUAAGUCGCCUUGGAUAAAGGCGUCUGCUAAAUAAACUACUAAUAAUAAUAAUAGUAAUAAUAAAAAUAAUAAUAAUAAUUCAGGACAGAAAAUAGGCACUUUUUUACACAGAGAAUUGUGAGGGUCUGGAACGAACUCCCCAGUAAUGUUGAAGCUGACACCCUGGGAUCCUUCAAGAAGCUGCUUGAUGAGAUUCUGGGAUCAAUAAGCUACAAACAACCAAACAAGCAAGGUGGGCCGAAUGGCCUCCUCUCGUUUGUAAACUUUCUUAUGUUCUUAACUAAAUCUUAAAUCUCUUAUCUAGAUUUAACAUUUAGCUAAAUAUUUAACUGGCUAGCUAAAUCUCUAAAAAUGAUUUAACUAAAUAUUUAACUAAAUGUUAAAUCUUUUAACAAGAUUUAACAUUUCGCUAAAUAUUUAACUGGACAGCUAAAUCUGGAGAUUGUAUGCAAAUGAGCCAAUCAAAUUGUGAGAAAGCACAAAGUGGGCAGAGCUCAUUUGCAUACAAACUCUAGAUUUAGCUGGGCAGUUACAGUUUUUCUCGAUUGCUAAGACACUUUUAAUGAAACUGGGGUCCACUUGACCACCACUAAAACCCGAAUGAGCAAAACAGUAACUUUUCUUGCAAUACAGUAAGUCAUUUCUCAUUGUUUCCACACAAAAUGCAAAUGUUAAGCACUUUUUUGCAAAACAGUACACACAAUUUCAUACAGAUGACACAAAAAUCAAUUAAGUCAAUGUGAUAGAGAGAGAAAGGGUCGAUACUGCAAGUCUCCCUCCCAACCAGAAAGGGCCCUGUGUAAGAGUGAAGGUACGCUGCCUCCUAGAUGUGCCACCUUGAUGGUAGGUGGAAGCUGGCAGGUAACCAGACUAGGAGGGGCACGUGGUUACAAGUACUCAGGACAAAUCCAUUUGCAAUCAGUCGCGGGGCAGCUCUCCAUUGGAGAAACCAGGCGACGCGCUGAUUGCAGGGAGGAGGUCUGAGGUACAAAGGGGAAGUAGCUGCGUUAAACCUACUCUUGCGCUGAGAAGACUGAGCGAGCAGCUGGAGCUCUGUUUUGUUACUGUUGUCUAUUUGUGUGUUUUCAGAAGCAGAGUAGGAGCGUCUGGACUGCAGCCAUGGAGCCAGUCCACGUCACGGAGCACUCCCUUCCCUUCACCGACACCAGCACACCCCUCGUGGAUUUCAGAGCACUUUGUGCACUGGACACUUGGGCACUUUGUUAUAGACACUUUCUGUUUGUUUUGUAUUUUUGUGUGGAUUGUAAAACCCCUGUGUUUCCCCCAAUACCAUCGCUGGUAAAGGGGGCGUUUAAAAUCAUUAAACGCAGGUUUUUUGGGAGAACUGCUGUCUCGGGACUGUUUAUUGUGCACUACAUCACUCUCCUUGGUCACAGUCAACCAAAACAGAAGUAUUUGGUCUCAGCUGAUAGAAAUUGCUCCCAUAAUUGUGAAUCUCUUCUGCACGUGUGAUCGUAAUCAUCAAAACAUUAUUUUUUUUCACAAAUUUCUUUACAGAAUUCAAAGACAACCCCGUGCUGGUGGCAGGGGUUAAGUCUUUACUGCGGAGCAGGGAGUUGCCAUAGUGGAUAUGGUUGUUGCCAACAAUGCCAUUCGUUUACGAGAAAUCCAGACAGCAAUCAUUUAGGACCACAAUAUUUUUGCCAAUAUCAACAAUAAUAAUGGAGCUCGAAGCCAACGAAACUUCACAAAUCUUCAUAUAUGUGGAUGAAGCCGAUUCAACCUGUCAAAAGUAAGGAGACAUGGAAGGAACAUCAUUGGUCAAAGAGCCACUGUAAAUCUGCCAGGCCAAAGGGGGGCCAACAUAACCAUGUGUGCCGCAAUCUCCAGUGAGGGUGUUCUUACCCACAUUCCCACAAUCGGGCCAUACAACACAGAGCGUCUAAUUACAUUCCUUGAUGUGCUGUAUCAGAGAAUUGUGCCAUCAGAAGAGAGAGGGCAGGUGAGGCCUGAUAUGUCACACUUUGUAAACGUAUGGGACAAUGUUGCAUUCCAUCACUCCCGUCAGGUCACUGAAUGGUUUGCAACCCACCCACGUGUGAUGAUGCAAUUUCUCCCCCCAUACUCGCCAUUUCUUAAUCCUACUGAGGAAUUAUUUUCUUUGUGGAGGUGGAAGGUAUAUGACCAGCAUCCACAUGGCCAGAUGUCCCUCCUUGAUGCCAUGAAUGCUGGCUGUCUGGCAAUCACAGCUGAGGAUUGUCAAGGGUGGAUGCACCACUGCAGGAGAUUUUUUCCUCAUUGCAUUGCGAGCGUAAACAUCCGAUGCGAUGUCAACAUGUGGCCUGAUCGUCUAGAAAGAAUAGACUGAAAGUGCAGUGUACAGUAAUAUAUUUGUUUUGCCUUUUUGACCUUGCUUUGUUUUCACAGAGAUACUUUGUUUUUCAUCAUCAGCUUGGUAUAUUUUAUUUUGUUCUCUGUACAGCAUCAUUCAAUUUGUAAAAAAAAAACAAUUGAAUAAAGUAAAGCAUUUUGUUGCAGUUCUUGCUCUUCAGUGAAAUUCUUUCUGCUUUGGUCUUCUUUGGUAAAAAUCCUUUUAGGAAACAAGAAUACAGCCCAUGUUGUGGUAAAAUGUUUACUUGCCUUUACAUAUUAUAAUUAUAGUAUCUGUGGUACACACACUCAAAAAAAGGUAGCCAUGUUAGGGUAUAUUGAGAGUUGUAGUUAGUAUUUAUUGGGCCAUUGUGUAGUGAUUGAUAGAAAGAACUUUCUGUGAGAUGACAAGUUGUGCUGUUUUGGUACUUAUUUGAUUUUGUGACAUGUAUUCAAUGUUUUGGGUGUCAGUGCAUUUUGCAUAUGAUAUGCAUUAUUUUGACAAACACGAUUUUGUUUUGGGGGCUGUGUUAACUGUUUUGCAAAAGUGACUUCUGUUUGGAGAAAUGUGCUCAAGCAAUCGAGAAAAACUGUAACAUAAUUGAUCUAAUUAUUUGUUCAUUUGGACAUAUUUCAUAUUUUUCAAGGUAUUUUACAGUUGAUGAUUUAAAAAAUACACUUGAUUCAAGGUACACAAGCUAUGAAACAUUUUGAGACCUGGAGAGAAGUGUUAAUUUGUCCAAUUAAUCAAAUAAUUAGACCAAUUAAGUGAUUAAGAGCUCGGGUGGAACAAAAGCCAGAAGACACUGCGUCCCCCCAGGAACUGAGUUUGACACCCCUGCUCUAGAUGAAGACAUUUUUGAGUCAACAUAAACUCCUGGGUCUUUUUCAUCGAUUCCUUCUUCAAUUUCAGUAUUUCUCAUAUGAUAUUUAUAAUGCAGAUUUUUAUUGCCUGUGUGCAGUACUUUACACUUUUCUCUAUUAAAUGUCAUUUGCCAUGUGUCUGCCCAGUUCUCAAUGCUGUCUAGAUCAUUUUGAAUGACCUUUGCUGCUGCACGCAGGCAAUACAUUUCUCCCCCCUUCCUUUCUAUAUUGGUUAAUUGUGGGCUGUAUGUUUUUUUUUUUAACAUCACUGAGUCCAUUGUCCCUGUGCAACCACAAU